AAAAUAUGGCUUCCCGUAUUUAUGCUCCACAGAAUGAUAUGCUCGUUGCUAGCAGUACCCUUUACUUUUCUAUGGCUGUAUAGAAAAGAAAGGAGCCAAGCACGUGUCCAUGUGCAAUUUGGUUUUAAAACAAGGGUUAUUUGCUGUUUACGUCUUUUUGGUGUGUUUGUGGCAGUUUGUGGAAAUAAAUUUUGAUUUUUAUUAACGAGUUCUGCUGCUAGAAGAGGAUAAGAAAUGGGCAAAAAGAAAUCAAAGAAAGGUCGUUGUGCGAAAAGGAAUGCGCAGCAUGAUGGCGGCGAACCUGAAGAACUUAAAAAGGCCCCACAUUCAUUUGUGAUCCACAGAGGACCUGUGGGGAAGUAUGUCCAUAUUCUUACCAAGGACUUCAGAAAAGUGAUGGAACCAUUCACAGCAACAUCAUUAAAGCCCCGCAAGAAGAACAGGAUGAAGGACUUUGUGUCGGUGUCGGGCGUGCUGCACGUGUCCCACAUGUGCGUGUUCACGCAGACGGAGCAGAGCCCCUACCUGAAGCUGGCGCGCCUGCCGCGGGGCCCCACGCUCACCUUCAAGGUGCUCAACUACUCCCUGGUGCACGACGUGCUGGCGGCCCAGAGGCGGCCCCAGGUGGUCGCCAAGUCCUUCCGGCACUCCCCGCUCGUCGUGCUCAACAGCUUCAGCGGCGAGGGGCUGCAGCUCAAGCUCAUGGCAUCCAUGUUCCAGAACAUGUUCCCCACCAUCAACGUCCGCAAGGUCAAUCUGAACUCAAUACGGCGCUGUGUUCUGCUGAACUACAAUCCUGUCUCCAAGCUGAUAGACUUCCGCCACUACUCCAUCAAGGUGCUACCCGUGGGUGUGUCGAAGGGAGUCAAGAAGAUCAUUCAAAGCAAAGUGCCGAACCUUGGACACUUCAGCGACAUCUCGGAGUUUCUUACCAAGUCCGAGGUGCUGUCGGAGAGCGAGUACGAAGACGACCCGGCGAGCCACGUCAUCCUGCCGCAGGACCUGGCCUCCAGGGGAAACUGUGCGUCCACCAAGUCGGGGAUCAGAGUCCACGAGAUCGGCCCGAGACUGACCCUGCAGCUGAUUAAAGUGGAAGAUGGUUUGCUCGCUGGAGAAGUGCUCUUCCAUGAGCUGUUCCACCUGACUGAGGAAGAAAAGCUGGCAAUACAGAAGAAACGAGAACAAAAACGCAAACUGAAAGAAAAACGAAGAAAAGUCCAAGAAGAAAAUAGGAAGAAGAAGGAGCUGAUGAAAGAGGAACACAAGCAGAAGUCCCUGGAGGGGAUGAAGCUGCCAAAGAAGGAAGAGAUGGAGACCGUAGCGAAAACAGAAGACGUGGAAGAGGAGGAGGAUGAUGAUGUGGAAUGGUAUAGAAAAGAAGUUGGAGAGGAACCAGAUAAAGAACUUUUCAACCAGGAAAGAAGGCUUGGACAGAAAAGGAAAGUCCCGUUCCGUGCUGGCGUAUUACACAAAAAGAAAAAAAAAGACAAUGACCAGUCUAAAAAUGUCUCUCAUAAACAUUUCAACACAAAGGCAAGUGAAAACCAAACUAAGAAAUUUAGGAAGAACAAAAUUUCUGUACCAGGAAGGAACAACAAAACAAAAUUCAGUAAUAAAGGAAAAAGAAAACUCAAGAAAUAAAUAAUUCAAUUGUAGAAAAGUCACAUCAGAGAUAAAGAACAUCAGAAUGGACCAUUUUGUUACUGUUAUGAUAUGUUGAUAUUUGAUUAUUAUAUGUAUAAGUGGAUAUUCAUUAACACAAAUACCAUAGAAGUACUGUACUUAGAAAAUUUUGUACAAAGAAGAAUUCAUGCAAAUUUACAUUAAUUUAUGCAAUUGACUUAAAGCAAAUUCAGUUUAAAAAUAUUUUUGUAUCUUAAUAUUUUUAAAGCUUUGUUUGAAUAUACUAAAUAAUUUUAAAAUGUUAGAUUAAUAUUUUUAUUUACUUAAAUAUUUAUUUGCUAGUACUGUCAUCAGAACUGAAUUAAAAAUAUUGUAGGUGUAACACAUUUCUCGUGAUACAUAUAAUAAUGAAUAAAUAUUUUUUUUCCCUGGAACCAGAUUCUUGAGAACGUUAAGAAUUUAUUUUUAAAUUUGUAAAUCUUCUUACUCAUGUGUCAAAAUUUAAAUUCAUGGUAAAAAGUUAUUCUUGAGUGUUGCAUUUUUAAGUGGAAAUCAGUGUACGGAAUUCUUGAUUUUGACCUCACAGUCAUAUGUAUGAACAUCAUUGAUAUUUAACAAACGGAGCUCGUCCUAGAUCAUAUGUGUUUUGUGCCUUAGCUUACACAAAUGCUUUCUCAUGUGCAGCUUCCACAAGUGCUUUCUUGCAAGCUUUCGCUGUGUGCUUGAUUUUUUAAAAUUAAUUGUGAUGUCGUUAUUGUGGCUUAAAAAUACAGAUAAGACAAUUUUAAGAUUUAUGAAAAGUUAUUAAAAUUAUUGUUGAAGUAGGCGUAUGUUUAUUUAUUUAUUUUUUUGUAGUUGUACAACUGGCGUGCCAGCCAAACAUUCGUUUAGGGAUGAGCCGAAACUCGAAAACUUGAGCAGAGUCAAGCGAAUAGCUAAAGGUUGUCUCAACUCAAAAGUCGAGUUCUUUAUACUCGACAGGACGAGACUCGAUAACUUGUUACAUAUUUGACAUGUGCAACAAGCAUAAAAUCUUUAAAAUCACAUACCAUUAUUUUGCAACCCUUCCCAGCGUAAACUUUUUAUUCAAUUUGCAUAGUUUUCUUUUAAGUGUGAUUAAUUCUACAUAAUUACACUGGCCAAAAAAAAACAUAAAAGGUUUCUUCUGCUAUUUAUGUUUCAAAACACUGGAAAAGAUGCCAUUUUGGAAUGGCCUGUUGUAUAUCAGAUUUGUAACACAGCAGACAAACUAUUAAAAUAAUUUUUUUUUUUGUUAAAUUUACGUGUUUUGUACUACAGCAGCAAUCACAAACAUGAAAGUGUUACACCAUGUAUAUUCAUAGUUAUUUUUGUCAAUAAUGCAUAAUUCUAUUUUUAAAAGAGAUUUUUGACACAGCGUUUGAAAAUGCCUGUGUGUUGCUGUUUUUGAAGUCGGGACAUAUGUUUGAAACCAGAAAAUGUCAGAAGAAAAGGAGAAUAAAACCGAUUUAAUUUUC